UGUCUCCUUGGCCAAGGAGUACAUUAAGUUACAACUGAAUACCUCCACGGUAUCCAUACCCGCCAUGCAGUCACUCUUCUCCGUCCUCCUCUCCGCUCUCCAAAUCAUCUUCUUUCUCUCAACCAAAGCUUCUUCACAGAGCACCACCCUCCUCACCUAUUGCUUUGGUGCCAACUAUAACUCUUCAAGCCCAUACUCUUCCAACAUCCAUCGCAUCCUCGUUGACUUCACCAGCUCCGCCCCCAACUCACCGUCUCUCUACUCCACCGCCGCUGCCGGCAACUCCUCCUCCUCUCAGAUUUUCGGCCUCGCUCAGUGCCGUCCUGAUAUUUCCAAAGAUCUUUGUUCUACCUGCCUAUCCCGCGCAUCUUCCACUCUUAUUGCUGGUGUCUGCGGCCUCAACAAGUCUGCCGCCAUCCGUAACGACUUCUGUCUCCUCCGCUACUCCGACAAUCGCUUCUUCGGCAUCCCAAUGCUCACCCCUCUUGAGGGGAGAUACGAAGUCGAAAACCCAUCAAAUCCCGAAGUAUUUUCCGGCCGGGUAGAGCGGCUGAUGCAGGAGGUCUCCAACGCAGCUGCCGUGGCCGAGUCGAGAUUCGCCACAAACAGCUCCACGCAGAGGGAUGUGUACGGAAUGGCCUGGUGCACGAGGGACCUCUCUAGCUCCGAUUGCUUGCAAUGUCUCAAUUGGGCUAUGCGGGUGCUCGUCAUGACGAAGGUUGGAGCAGAGGUGGAAACCGUGAGCUGCGCCGUGAGGUUCGAGACUUAUAUGUUCUUUCCGCAGCCGAUGGUGACGCCAACGCCAACUCCGUCUCCCUUUUCCGAUGGCGGGGAUGGUAGUAAGAUCGGCAGUGGGACGGGUCGAAGAAGCAAUAAGACAAAAAAUAUCAUUAUUGCUGGGACCACUGGAGCAGUUGCGUUCUUGUUUCUCUCGGCAAUCUUUAUUUUCUUAAUAAGACGAAGGAGGAAGAAGCCAAUGGUGUUGUCACCCAGGUAUGGAGAAAAUGACGAUUUAAGCAGUGUUGCAAUAAUGUCGCUUGAUCUAGCCACUAUUAGAUCCGCCACAAAUAAUUUUUCUGAAGCUAAUAGGCUGGGAGAAGGUGGAUUUGGACCCGUUUAUAUGGGGGUUCUAAGAGGCGGGCAGGAAAUAGCAGUAAAAAGGUUAUCAAGGAGCUCAGGGCAGGGGAUAUUGGAGAUGAGAAAUGAGGUGGUUUUCAUAGCAAAGCUUCAGCAUAAGAACCUGGUCAGAUUGGUGGGUUGUUGCUUGGAAGAGGGCGAGAAGCUGCUUGUGUACGAAUACCUCCCCAAUAAGAGUUUGGACAAAUUAUUGUUCGAUCCGGACAGGCAAAUACAACUGGAUUGGCCUACACGGUACAAGAUCAUUGAGGGGAUCUGCCGUGGCCUUCUUUAUCUCCACGAAGAUUCGCGUUUCAGAAUCAUUCAUCGAGAUGUGAAAGCAAGCAACAUCCUGCUUGAUGCCGACAUGAACCCAAAAAUCUCAGACUUUGGACUCGCAAAACUUUCCGGCAUUGAAGAACAAGAUGGCAACACUACUCGCAUCGCUGGUACAUAUGGAUAUAUGUCUCCAGAAUAUGCAUUCCGCGGACUCUUCUCAACUAAGUCUGAUGUAUUCAGUUAUGGCGUGCUUGUACUGGAGAUUAUCACAGGCCGUAGUAGCAGUUGUUUCUUAAGUGCAAGGAACAACCUAGAUUUUCUAAGCUAUGUUUGGCAACACUGGAACCAAGGAACGGCGCUGCAGCUAGUGGAUCAUACGCUUGGCAAUGAAUAUCCGCCGGAAGAGGUGUUGAGAUGCAUCCAAAUAGGAUUGCUAUGCGUACAGGAAGAUCCUAUAGAGAGGCCGAGCAUGAAUUCGUUGGCGGUGAUGCUUAGCAGACACUCUUUUGUCUCGCUUCCAGUUCCUUCAAUGCCUGAGUUUCUACAGCGACUGCAAGUUAUUGUAGCGCAUAGCUCGGAGAUUGAUAUGCCUAGGAGCGAUUAUUCGGACCGGCGUGGGACUUUGUCGACUAGUGAUUUCUUGAGUAGUUCUAGUGGGAGCUUUAGAUUAUUGAGCCCUGCUUCUCCUCUCGAGAAGCUUGAUCAGUUGGGGAUAAACCAACCACAAGGACCACCAGUAAUAGAGGAUAAUUUAUUUGGACUAUUGGCUAAUUUUUUGAUGGAAUUCGAUGUAGGUUUGAAGCAUAUUGACAAAGGUAUUAGCUGCAGUUACUGUUUAGCUGCAAUUUUUGUGAUCAAAUUUGCAGCAGUUUCUGUGAUGCAAAUUGCAGUAGUUUCUAUAUUAGCUGCAAACAAAAAUGAAACAAUUGCCCGUUCCAAACGUCUGAGGGUUGUUGAUAAAAGAAAACCUGGUGCUUCUUCCCUCAGAAACGAGCUAUCUGAGGCGGUUUCUUGUUUCAAAGCAGAAUUUCAGGCUUCUCAUUCAAGCACAAUCACGGAGGCACUUGAAAUCAUAAGUGCUACAGCCGAAAUUUAUGCAGAUGAAGAGUUGUAUCUGUUCGCAGCAGAAUUGCUAGAGGACUCAGUCUGUAGGGAUUUCUUUGUGCAGAUGCCUGUCACCCGCAGAGUACAUAUUAUCUUUCUUACACUGACUCUUCAUAAUUACAUAAGAAGACAUCAUUCCCGUAGCGAUAUAGACUUCCAUUUGACGGAAGAGGAUGAAGAAAAUGUGCAUUCGGAAGCAUUUGAAUACCAGCUAGGUCAGUCUUUCACAGAAGAAGAGACCGAGACUUCCAUUGCCUUCACAGUAGAUGGGGAAGGUGCAAGCAAGAUGGCAGAGCUGAGGGAACGAAUUACUGAUGAGAUGUGUGCAAAUAACCGUUAUUUCAUACUUCUCAAUCUCAACAGAGAAAUGAACGAGACCUUUCCCUGCUCGCUCCUCCUCCUCCUCGUCUCCUUUUACAUUAUUCUCUUCUUUGCCGGCGAAACGUAUUCCCAAAGCAGACCCAACCUCAGCUACUGCUCCGGCGACAACUACACAUCCCUAAGUUCCUUGGAGACCAACCUCCGUCAUCUCCUUUCCAACCUCACCAACGCCACUGCCAAUUCUCCGUCUUUCUUUUCAACAUACACCGUCGGAAGCCCUGCAUCUAUCCAAGUCUUUGGUCUCGCGCAGUGUCACAUCGACUCCUCCCCCACAAUAUGUGGCAGCUGUCUCCGUCACGCCGCUGCCAUGGCUGGCAAAGAUCAACUUGGUGGCUGCGGCCGAAACAGCUCAGCCGCAUUACGAUACGACUAUUGCUUCCUCCGCUACUCCGAUGAUCGAUUCUUCGGGAUCCCUGAAAUGACAAUGGUCGCCACCUUCUAUAAUGUAGGGAUCGCGUCGGUGUUUGACAACAGAGUCCAAGACCUAAUGAAAGAGAUCUUGCCGGCGGCCGCCAAGUCUGAGUUUAGGUACGCGGUUGCGGCUGUGAAUAACUGGGGUUCUGAAACGAAUAUGUAUCGGAUGGCUUGGUGCACGAUGGACCUUCAGAGCAGCGACUGCUUGCAGUGCCUGAAUAUGGCUUUGCUUUCGCUGCACACGGGAACGACUGGAGGCCAGACGGUAAUGGUGAGCUGCAUGGUUAGGUUUUCCACUCUGCAAUUCUAUUCUAUGCCAAUAUUGGCUUCGCCUCCGCCUGCGUCUAUGUCGUCGGAUGAGGGGAAGGGCUUUAUUGGUUCUAGUCUUCAUGACUGGAACGCUACCAGCCUAAGCAGAGGCCGAAAAAAGAGCCCAAUCAUGACUAUUCUUAUGGGAGUGCUUUCUGGAUCUCUUGCAUUGAUCAUUCUAUUUACAAUCCUUCUUAUUGUUACGGGAAAGAUGAGGAGAAGGUUGCCAAUACCGCCAUUGAUUAUCUCAAGCCUUCCACUAUCGGCAAGCAGGAAUAGCCAAGAUUCUUUAACGAAUAUUGAAUCCUCAUUAAUUGAUCUGGAUGCAAUCAGAAUUGCGACAAUGGAUUUUUCAGAAGAAAACAAGCUUGGAGAAGGCGGAUUUGGAGUUGUUUACAAGGGUGUGCUUGAAGAUGGGCUAGAAAUAGCAGUGAAGAGGCUAUCGGUAACAUCAAAGCAGGGAUUAAAACAACUGAGAAAUGAGGUGGAUUUAAUGGCUAAGCUUCAGCAUAAAAACCUUGUUAAAUUGUUAGGUUGUUGCCUGAAAGACGAGGAGAAGCUGCUUGUUUAUGAAUUCCUGCCUAACAAAAGCCUUGACAAGUACUUAUCCGAUUCCGUUAGGCGCCAGCAACUAGAAUGGGGAACACGGUACAGAAUCAUUGAAGGCAUUGGUAGGGGGCUUCUUCAUCUCCAUGAAAAUCCAGGUUUCAGAAUCAUUCAUCGUGAUCUGAAAGCUAGCAAUAUCUUACUAGAUAUCAACCUGGAACCGAAAAUUUCAGACUUUGGCAUCGCAAAGCUCUUCAAAAUGGAUCAAACCAGAGGAAUAACAAGCCAAGUUGUCGGCACAUUUGGAUACAUGUCACCAGAGUAUGCUUUACAUGGGAACUUCUCCACUAAAUCCGAUGUGUAUAGUUUUGGUGUGCUGGUAUUCGAGAUCCUUGCUGGCUGUUGCAAUAGUACUGUGGUUGCUUCAGGGACUCCCUUAGACUUACUUAGCCAUGUUUGGCAUUGUUGGAAUAAAGGUAUGGCGCUGAAAAUCAUUGAUCAAAUCCUAGUAGAUAGGUAUUCUUCGAAUGAAGCAUUGAGAUGCAUCCACAUUGCACUGCUGUGCAUCCAGGAAGAUCCAGCUCUGAGACCAAGCAUGUCUUCACUGCUAGCCAUGCUCACCACUAGCACUGUUGCUCUGCCUGAUCCCCUGAUGCCUACAUUUUUAAAGCAAGUGGAAGUUUGAUUUCCUAUUCGUCAGAUGGUUCUUUUGUUUCAGCCGAGUAAUGAUUUGAGCUUCUCAUUU